GGUUUCACUUUGUGUACCACCGCAGCACAGUUUGCUUCUUCAUCACCAGUCUUCACCCACUAAAAGUCUCACUCACCUUUCUUUCGUUUAAGUCCUUCGGAACUUCACCGUCACCAUGAUCCCUCGUCACAUCCUCCUCGCCCUGUCCGCGGCAACGCUCGCUUUCGCCGACACCCUGAUCAACACCCUCCAGCAGAAUGGCUUCAGCGACUUCGCCAGCAUCUACCAAGAUGCGGACCCCAGCAUUCUCUCCAACGUCAACGCCGGCAGCAACAUGAUCAUCUAUGCCACCAAGAACACCCAGUCCACCAGCAACUCUACCCUUGGCCGUCGUAAGACCACCGUCAACACCCAGAUUGCCGCCAUGUCUUCGGUGCAGAACACAGCCUCCAGCUCGAAGAAGCUACGCUUCAAGCGGCAGCAGGCCAACUCGCCCGCAGCUGUCUACCAGUCUCUGCUGAGUGACCCGGAGAUCGUCAACCUCGGCCCGGGCGUCAACCAGUCUCUUGUUGAGAAGCCCGUCGGAGACGCGGGUGUGCCCACCGUCUUCGCCGGUGUGGGUAAGGCUGUUCCGGUUGUGGGUGAUGAUAUCCCCUUUGACGGAGGUGUCAUCAGGCCCGUUGAUUCACUCGUCGAAAUCCCCGGCUCCAUCCCCAACACCCUCGCCCUCUUCCCCCAACUCUCCAACCUCACCGCCCUCCUGACCCAAUUCAACCUCGUCGAACCCGUCAGCGAGGCCACCGGCAUCACCGUCCUCGCGCCCGAGAACAGCGCUUUCGCCGCGGUCGACACCUCCGGCCUCACCGACGAGCAGAUCGUCGCCAUCCUCAGCCAGCACGUCAUUGUCAAUUAUGUCGGCUACUCCCCGCGGUUGAAGGAUGGACAGGUCCUCAACACCCUGGCCAACGGCACUGUUACUGUUGCUGUCAGGGACAGCGGUGUCUACUUCAACGGUGCCAAGGUCACUGCUGCUGAUGUUAUUGUUGGUAAUGGUGUUGUGCAUACUGUUGCUUCGGUUGUCGGUUCCGAGGACGCUGGUGUCCCUGGGGAGAACCCCCCUGCCACCGGCGCUGCUGGCCGUGUUGGACUUGGCCUGAAGACCCUCGGCCUUGCUGCUCUUGGCAUGGCUGUUGCUGCUUUGUUCUAAAUGUAACUGCUAAUGUUUGAAGGAGGAUUGGUUGAGAGACUGGGGGAUGCCGUGAUAAGGUCAAGGAAGGUCGCGGAGGCUGUGAGGCUGUG